AUACAGUAUUGUUUUAGUCAGCUGGGAAAGGAAUUCUGACAGGUUCCCCCCACAAUGCUCAUUUUAAAAAAAGAUUGUGCAUUUCACAACGUGCAUUGAAAGCCACCAUGCUCAUCCCUCGCCCUUCCUUUUUUUUCUGACCUGCAUUCCAGCAGUCCUCCCUAUGGAGUCCGCAGUGAAAUCGGCGUUUGGAGUGCCGGCCAGACAGCUGCUGUGCUGUGUCUCGGCCGACUUCCCCAGGGAGAAGGACAUCAGCUCCCAAAGGUGCCACAAGAAUCGAGCACAGCCUCCAGCUCGGAAGAAGCCGAUCAACGAAAAGCAAAAGAGCAAACGGGACGCAGCCUUUGCUCAACAGAAGGCUGAGCGGGCCAGCAUGAGGGCCCACCUCCGGCAGAAAUACCAGCUGCCCAAGAACCGGUCAGAUAAGAAGCAGCUGGAAGCGGUUGGGAGCAAGACGAAACUCCCCCGAGACCUCCUGGCUAUUGUGAACCCCAAAGCUGCCACGGAUCCCAGCUCCAUCUUCUCCAGCUUUGGUGGUCUGGAUUUCAGCGCCUUGCGGGUGACGGCAGCGAGCGCCGUGCAGUCGCUGCAGCGCCCAGUGCAGUGCCCCGUCAUGUGAGCGAGCCCCCCUUCCAAGGACCCUCACU